AUGGCCGCCGUUGCGAUGACCGCGCAGCCCCUGCGCAUUCUCCCCCAGAUCUCCUCGCCAACUAUAUUCCGAUCCACGAGGAUAUUCUCUCUCUACACGCGCCAGCUCAUCCAACCUGUUCUCCCUACGCUAUCCUUCGCCCUUCCCGCAGUCCAUCUCAACAUCCCCGCGUGGCUUGGUGGCAUCUGGGAGUCUAUCCUGCGGGCAGUGCCCAAGAAGAAGACCUCUCACUCGAAGAAGAGACACAGGCAGAUGGCUGGAAAGGCGUUACAGGAUGUCAAGUCUCUGUGCAAGUGCCCGGCUUGCGGCCAUACCAAGAGGCAGCACGUCAUAUGUCCAAACUGCAUGAACAGUAAAUCAAGGAUAUGUGGACUCAGGAGAAUCCCUCGGGAAAGUUCGUCUAAAUCGCCAAUUGGCUGUGUAACAUUUAAGACGUGUAUAUUCGAGUGUACAACUGGUUAG